AUGGACGCCGACCUUGUAGCAAUAGCUACUUCGAUCAGCGAAGAGCUGUUGGAUAGCCAAAGCCCUACUCAAAAAGAGAUCGCACUUUGUGGGCCAGCUGUGGUCCGCAUAUUGCUCGCUGCCUGUCUUGCGCUUCUGCCAUAUCAAAUAUCGGAACUCGAUCCUGUGGAACCCGAGCUUGACGCAAAGUCUCUGUCAGCUGGUCCGCGAGUUCUCUGCGAUUUGGCCCAACAGCACAUCGAUUCUAUCCCUUUCAAUCUGGUCCCUCCUCGUUGGCUGCGACUAUAUACCGAUGCUUACAUUAUCUCUACUCUGAUCGAUAUUGUCUGCCAUCAAUCAAUCGAGGGCCAGCAAAAAAUCCUCCGCCUUGGGGCAGACAUCCAGCAGCUAGACAAGGUGAUCAUAGUGGCCGGCGCUUUGGGCCCAGGGAGACACCGAUGGGUUCAAACGCUCAUCAAAAAGGCUCAGGCAGUGGUUUCCGGUACCGAGGAUGACAUUGCGGCAGAAGUACCCCAAGAGACUAUCUUCUCAUCAUCUCAAAAAUCGAACUCGAACCCUUCUACGGCCCCAGACCCGAACUCGUCGCUCUUGCAUGCUCCAAAUCAUAUUGAAGUCCUCCAAAAGAUACCAUCGAUGAGAGCGUAUGAGAGCAGGCACUCCCACUCCCCAUUCAUCAUUCGCAGAUACGCUUCGCAAAAAGACUAUGCGUGUUUCUGGCCUGCCACAGAGCUUUGGAGCUCCCCCAAAUACCUACUUGAACAAGCAGGGGCGGGCAGAGUGGUGCCUGUGGAGAUUGGUGGGGCGUACGAUCAAGCCAACUGGGGACAGGAGAUAGUACCUUUCGAGUCCUUCCUAGAGCGAGCGGGCUUCAAUCGCACAUUCCAUCAGAAGCGCUCCACCCCUUCAACUUGCUACCUCGCCCAGUACGAUAUAUUCAAUCAAAUACCGGAGUUGGCAAAAGAUAUUUGCUAUCCUGAUUAUGUGUGGUCUGAGCCCUCGCGCCCUUCCACCGGCCCAGCGUAUAGUCCUCCGCAUGACAGUCCUGUGGUCAAUGUAUGGGUUGGAAAUGGUAGUGGGGAGAUCAUCAGCCCGGCCCAUACGGAUCCUUAUCACAAUUGUUACGUUCAAGUCCUUGGCUCAAAAAGGGUUUGGCUAGCGCCGCCUUGGUGCAGUGAUCACAUGUACUGCUACGGGGCAGGAGAUGAUGAUUCAACAUCCUAUGGACUGGCUGAGCAGUACAUGACGAAUACCUCGAGAGUACCUCUUUUGAGGGAUCCUGUAGAAUUUGAAAAAGAGUCCCUCCGCUUCCCCGCUUUCUUUGAAACGGUUCGGCCUCAAAGCAUGGAGGCUGUUUUGAAUCCGGGCGAUCUUCUCGUCUUUCCACCUGGAUGGUGGCAUGCGAUGAGGACUGAGGGGGAGGGGCCUGUCUGGAGUGUCUCUAUGUGGUAUUAG